AGGAAAUGGUUUAAAUGAAAAGCAAUGUCAUCCACAUAUAACACAUCCUUUUUUCUAUCAACCAAGAAAUGUUGACGUAAAGGUAUCGAAUUGAAUCUUAAACAGAUUGUAGUUUGUGGUAAUUUGUUGUGAGAUGGGCAUGGAAGGAGUAUUGAAGAGGAAGAUCUCAAUAUUGAGAGGGUACCAAGACCGGUGGUUUAUUUUGACAGAAGAUGGAUUUAUGAGACAACAUGAGAAAAAGCCAAGUCAUGCAACACAGAAGGCGAAGUGGCAAAUGAAUAUUAUACUCGCCGAUAUUGACAAAAAGAAAGACGGAAAAUGUUUUAACUUAACUUCCAAUGAAGGUCAAAGGGUAAAGUUGAAAGCACAAUCCGACGAGGAAAGAGAGAAGUGGAUUAAAUGCUUCAAGAAGAUAAAUCAUAAAAUAUUUCCUCACAGUUUCCCAGAUUUCAUAGACGAGGAAGACGAGGACGAUGUUUUUAUCAACAACAGCAACCAAAAAGAAAAAGAAGUUGACCCCAAACCUGAGCCAACUUCUCGAAUAUCAUUUGGCGACACAUUUAAAAGUAAAGAUGCUUUUCCAAGCCAAAAUAAUGAUCACAGGAAGUCAGAGGAAACAGUGAAUGAACCACCCAGGGAAAGUGCUGCAGAAAUUACAAAGAAAUUCAAAGAGAUGACAAUAGUAGACAGGAAAAAACGACAUUUAAUGGUGGCAGCUAUUGAUUUUGGGUCGGCCUAUUCUGGUAGUGCCUUUUCAUUCAAAGACAGGUUCAUUAAAGACCCACUCGAGAUAAAUGUAAUGGGAAUAGGACAGAAAGGAUUAGAGUCCUUAAAAGUACCGACAGUGCUCCUUUUAAACCCUGAUCGAGAAUUUGUAGCAUUUGGAUUUGAAGCGGAAUCUAAAUAUUCUGAAUUACUGCAGGAUGACCCUGAUGAAGCACAAAAGUGGUAUUACUUUAGUCGGUUUAAAAUGCAGCUGUAUAAUAAUAUGCAUCUAAAGAAAUCAAUGACUAUUAAAGACAUUACUGGAAAGAAAGAAAUGAAAGCGGUCGAUGUUUUUGCCUACUGUAUUGAGAACAUAAAAGACUCAAUUUUUGGAAAAGCAAAAGAGAAGGUUACUGAAUUACAGGAAUAUGACGUUCAUUGGGUGCUUACAGUCCCUGCAAUUUGGAAUGAGGCUGCACGACAGUUCAUGCUUGAAGCUGCAGAAAAGGCAGGAAUAGAUCAAGAAAGGUUAACACUAGCACUAGAACCAGAGGCAGCCGCAUUAUGUUGCAAGUGUUUAGAAAUACAAAAACGUACAACUGGAAAAGUUUCAAAACUUGGAUCCUUUGAUACAGGUGCAAGAUUUCUCGUGGUAGAUCUUGGAGGUGGAACUGUCGAUAUAACUUCAAACGAGGUAUUAGGGUCCGGGCAAUUGAAGGAAAUACACAGUGCCUCUGGUGGUCCAUGGGGAGGUAAUACUAUCAAUGAAGGAAUAUGGAAUCUUUUGCGAGGAAUAUUUGGUGAAAGUACAGUAACAAAGUUCAUUGACGAAAACCGGGACGAUUACCUCGAACUAGCGAGAACAGUUGAGUUGAAAAAGCGAACUGUGACAUCUAAUAACAAAGUAACAAUUGAGAUUCCAAGGUCAUUAAUGUUAGAAGCUAAAAAGACAAACCCUGGCAUCAUUGCUGAGGAAUUUAAGGAUCAGGUUAAGCUAGUAACAAACAAACUUCAAGUUCUCCCUGGUGUUUUGCCGCAAAUUUUCAAAGAAGGAAUUGACACAGUCAGCAAAUAUGUUCAAGAUUUAUUGGACCAACCAGAAACAAAAGGAGUUUCAACUAUCCUUUUAGUUGGUGGAUACGCAGCAUGUGACCUUCUCAAAGAUGCAAUGAAAACAAAGUUUAGUAAUCUAACCGUCAUAUGUCCUCUUGAUCCGGAUGUAGUUGUUUUGAAGGGAGCAGUUAUUAUGGGCCAUAUGGAAACACCUAUUGUUGGUAGAAUUGCUAAGUGUCACUACGGGAUAGCAAUUCUUGUUGGUGUUGACAAACAGAAUAUGUACCAAUGCUUUGACCGGUCUUUCAAACCUUUGACCUCGACUGAGGAAGAAUUCCAUACGAUAAUAAAAAAAGGUCAACCUAUCCAUGUAAACGAGGUAGUAACCGAGUACGAUUUUCCGAUAACGUUCGAACAAGAUGAAGCUUUUAUACGUAUUUACGCAUCAGAUGAUACAAAACCACCGAAAAUUAUAUCGAAAAAUAACUGCAGGGAAAUAGGUCACAUCCGUAUCAAGUUACCAAAAUUUAGAAGGGAAACACGUCUUAAGAUAGGAAUAUCAAAUAGUGAAACGGAGUUCAAAGUAGUGGCCAGGGAUGAGCAUACAGGGAAAUGCUUUGCAGGUGUUUGCAGAUUUCUGAAUUAAAUUUGUGACAUCAGGUAGUAACUUCAAUUUUGAUUGUACAGAAUAGGCAGCGGCUUUUAGUUUCAAAUAAAUGAUUUUUGAUAGAA